AUGAAAUUUUAAAAUGGUGCUUUAAAACAAGAAAAAGCUUCUUGGGGGAUUGUUUAAAAUCUUUUGAGCAGAUUGUUUAAAAGCCCUAAACGUAAAAUUUUAGAAACCUUCUUAAACUGA